UCGGAGGCGCGGCUCGGCGCAGGGGCGGAGGCUGUGCGCGAAAGGCCGGUCACCCCGCCCGCCCCGCGUCCCCCAGCUCCGGUGCGGUUGCGGCAGGGGGACAUCCCUGAGGGGGUACCGCCCCCCCCCGUCCCUGCCCCUCGCCCCCCGCUCCCACGUGAGCGUCAGACCAGCCCGCAUCCCUCCGGUUGCACAGCGAGUACCGGCUCCGUGCCGGUGCCUCGGUAGUCCUGUCCCCAACGCAGAUUCAGCGCGGGUCACUGGCGGGUCCCAGCGGACCCGGCCGGCGCUUCCAAGGGUUCUGGCUUCUGCAUCUGGGCGCAGCGACGAGGCGCGGGCAAGGCGGCCCCGCUGACCCGAGGCUGGUGCGGAGCCCUCCUCUGCCCCGGUCACCCUGAGACACGAUGAGCAGCCACGGCAACAGUCUGUUCCUGAGGGAGAGCGGCCAGCGCCUGGGCGGCGUGGGCUGUCUGCAGAGCUUCCAGGACAGUCUGCAGCAGAGAGCUCUGCGCACGCGCCUGCGUCUGCAGACCAUGACCAGAGAGCACGUGCGGCGCUUCCUGCGCAGGAAUGCCUUCAUCUUGCUCACAGUUAGCGCUGUGAUCAUUGGGGUCAGCCUGGCAUUUGCUUUGCGCCCAUAUCAGCUCUCCUACCGCCAGAUAAAGUACUUCUCUUUUCCUGGUGAGCUGCUCAUGAGGAUGCUGCAGAUGCUGGUACUCCCCCUCAUCGUUUCCAGCCUUGUCACAGGUAUGGCAUCCCUGGACAACAAGGCAACAGGGCGGAUGGGAAUGCGUGCAGCUGUGUACUACAUGGUGACCACAGUCAUUGCGGUUUUCAUCGGGAUCCUAAUGGUCACCAUCAUCCAUCCUGGCAAGGGCUCCAAGGAGGGUCUGCACCGUGAGGGCCGAAUUGAGACUGUCCCAACAGCUGAUGCUUUCAUGGACCUGGUCAGAAAUAUGUUUCCACCUAACCUUGUGGAGGCCUGCUUUAAACAGUUUAAGACGCAGUACAGCACACGUGUGGUAACCAGGACGCUUGUAAGGACAGAAAAUGGGUCAGAGCUGGGGGCCUCCAUGUCUCCCCCAUCCUCAGUAGAGAAUGAAACCAGCAUCCUGGAGAAUGUCACCCGGGCCUUGGGCACCCUGCAGGAGGUGAUAAGCUUUGAGGAGACUGUGCCUGUGCCUGGCUCGGCCAAUGGCAUCAAUGCCUUGGGCCUUGUGGUCUUCUCUGUGGCCUUUGGGUUGGUCAUUGGUGGCAUGAAGCACAAAGGCCGUGUCCUGAGGGACUUCUUUGACAGCCUCAAUGAGGCUAUUAUGAGGCUGGUGGGCAUCAUCAUCUGGUAUGCACCAGUGGGCAUCCUGUUCCUGAUUGCUGGGAAGAUUCUAGAAAUGGAAGACAUGGCUGUCCUUGGAGGUCAGCUGGGCAUGUAUACUCUGACUGUCAUCGUUGGCUUGUUCCUCCAUGCUGGUGGUGUGUUGCCCCUCAUCUACUUCCUCGUCACUCAUCGGAACCCUUUCCCAUUCAUUGGGGGCAUGCUACAGGCCCUCAUCACAGCCAUGGGUACCUCUUCCAGCUCUGCAACCCUGCCUAUCACUUUCCGCUGCCUGGAAGAGGGCCUGGGCGUGGAUCGACGCAUCACCAGAUUCGUGCUGCCUGUGGGGGCCACCGUCAACAUGGAUGGCACUGCACUCUAUGAGGCCUUGGCAGCCAUCUUUAUUGCUCAAGUCAACAACUAUGAGCUCAAUCUGGGCCAGAUCACCACAAUCAGCAUCACAGCCACAGCUGCCAGUGUUGGAGCAGCUGGCAUCCCCCAGGCAGGACUGGUCACCAUGGUGAUCGUGCUCACAUCCGUCGGCCUGCCCACAGAGGACAUUACGCUGAUCAUAGCUGUGGAUUGGUUCCUUGACCGGCUUCGUACGAUGACCAAUGUCCUGGGAGACUCAAUUGGAGCUGCUGUCAUUGAGCAUUUGUCCCAACGGGAGCUGGAGCUGCAGGAGGCUGAGCUGACCCUUCCCAGCCUGGGGAAGCCCUAUAAGUCACUCAUGACACAAGAAAAGGGGGCAUCAAGGGGUCGGGGAGGUAAUGAAAGUGUUAUGUGAGAAGCUUCCAGCUCUCUGCCUAGGGAGGAGGGAAGGGACUGGGAGGGGAGUCCUGGGGACAAUUUGUUGCCCAAUUGACUGUGGGCUGAGUAUACAUAUUCUCUAUGGAUUCUCUGGGAACUGCUGAGAUAAAAGAGAAGGAACGAAAGGUCUCUAAGGUAUAGUCAUCACUGUUGUGUGCUCCAAAUACAAGAACAACCUAAGGGAGGAAAGAUUUAUUUUGGCUAUGGUUAUAAAGGGCUUAGUUCACCAUAGUGGGAAGGCAUGGUAGAGAAGAGCAGCUCACUUCAUGGUGGUCAGCAAGCAGAGACGAGAGGAAUGGGAAGUAACCAGGGAAGGACACAGCUCUUCCAGACACACCCUACUUCAACGAUACCCUGUCUCCUACUUCUCACCACUCCAGCACAGCCGUCAUAUCACGGAACCAUCAAGAGUCUGAUCCACUCAUUAGGCCAUGAGGCCAGAGCCCUCACAAUGCAUUCCUUUCUGGAGAUGUCCUCACAGACACACAGAGGUGUGUGCUUUAUAAAUUUUCUAAGCACUGGUUUCAGUCCAGCCCAGCUGACAAAAACAGUCCGCUAUCACAAAGGUCCCUGUUCAUUUCUGAGUGUAUGAUGAGAACUUGAAGGAUGGUGUGAGAAAAAGGGGAGGGAAACAUUUGGAAUUGGGAAGAAGGAAAUCUUCAGAUAGAUCAACUCAUACUCUUUAUGUUCUCGAGGAGUGGAGGAGCUGAUAAAGGUAAAGAAAAAUACCCAUUAUUUCUAUUGAUAAAGUGAUCUGUAGCAUUUUUGUUGAGGUCCUAAAGACCACCUUUAGAUUUAAUGAUUUAUUAACCAGACUAAACAAACUCUGAAAAGUCAUUCUCCUCUCAGGUAUGGUUUAUUAUGGUGAAGAGCAUUGGUUAAAAGCAACAAAGGCACAACUAGAUGUGUGUUUCCAGUCCCUUUCUAGUGAAGUCAACCAAUGGCUUCUUCCUACAGCAACAUUAUGGACAACGUGCAUGGUGCACUGAUAUCUUAGCUCCAUUUUCUGUUGGGACAAAACAUGCAGACAAAGCCACUUGAGGGUAAAGGGUUUAUUUGUCUCUUAGUUCCCGAUUACAGUCUAUCAUCGCAGGGAAGUCCAGGUGGCAGGAAGCUGAAGGAGCUGUCACAUCCACAGACAAGAGCAGAGAGAAGUAUUCAAAUUCAUUAAUGUAUGCUCAUUAGUGCUCAGCUUGCUCCCUGCAUUUCAUUAAGUCCAAGGUCCAGCCCAUAGAACUGUAUGGUCCGCAUUCACGAUGGAUCUUCUUAUCUCAAGUAACUCAAUGAAAAUCACUCACAAGUCCACAGGAAAACCCUAUCUCAACAAUUUCUCAUUGAGAUUUCCUUCCAGGCGAUUUUAAACUAUCAAUCUAAACUGACAAUUAAGCUAAAACCAUUAAGAAGCUCACCUGAACUCUCACUAUGUCACACAGGCAUGGAACACCCUCGGACUUACACUUUUUAGUCUCUGAAAUGGACAAACCAAUGUACUAUGGUCCAGGGCACCAAGUGCAUACCAGAAGUCAUUAACCUCAUGGUCAGCAUACACUCUUUGGAAUGGCCAGAGCCCAUUGUUUUGCCUGACACUUUUAUCAGGCAAAAUUUUUGGAAGAUUAUUCCAAAGAUCAGAGGUGUUCUAGUUUUGUUUCUGUUACUGUGGUAAGACACUUGGACAAAAAUCAACUUGAGGGGUUAUUUGAUGUGAAAUUCCAGGUCGUACUCUAUCACUGA